CCAUUUAAACAUCCAUAAAUUGGUUCACACUCAUGAAAAACCAUUGGUUUGUAAGACCUGUGGUAAAGCCUUUACUCGACAAGCCCAUCUAAACAAACAUAUGAGGGUUCACACUUCUACUGAGAAAUCAUUCGUUUGUGAGAGCUGUGGUAAAGCCUUUGCUCGGCAAACUGAUCUUUACAUACAUGACAGGGUUCACAAUGGUGAGAAACCAUUCGUUUGUAAGACCUGUGGUAAAGCCUUUACUCAGCAAGGUAAUCUAAACAUGCAUAUGAGGGUUCACACUGGUGAGAAACCAUUUGUCUGUGACACCUGUGGUAAAGCCUUUACUCGACAAUCCUAUCUGAAAAAACACCAAAGGGUUGACACUUCUGAGAAACCCUUCAUUUGUAAAACCUGUGGUCAAGUGUUUACCCAGCAAAGUGAAUGUAGUCUAAGCAUGCAUAAAAGGGUUCACACUAAUGAGAAACGAUUCACUUGUGACACCUGUGGUAAAGCCUUUGAUCGGCCAAAUCAUCUCUACAAACAUGAGAGGGUACACACUGGUGAGAAACCAUUUGUUUGUGAGACCUGUGGUAAAGCCUUUACUCAACAAAGUAAUCUAAACAAACAUGACAGGGUUCACACUGGUGAGAAACCUUUCGUUUGUGAGACCUGUGGUAAAGCCUUUGCAAAACACAGUCAUCUGCAACGACACGACAGGAUUCACACUGGCGAGAAACCAUUCGUUUGUGAGACCUGUGGUAAAGCCUUUCGUCGGCAACAUGGUCUCCGUCUCCAUCGGCAUGGCAGGUUACACACUGACAAGAAACCAUUCGUUUGUGAGACCUGUGGUAAAACCUUUACUCGGCAAAGUAAUCUUAACAAACAUGACAGGGUUCACACUGGUGAGAAACCUUUCGUUUGUGAGAUCUGUGGUAAAGCCUUUAGUCGGCAACAUGGUCUCCAUCGGCAUGGCAGGUUACACAUUGACAAGAAACCAUUUGUUUGUGAGACCUGUGGUAAAGCCUUUAAUCGUCAAACUGCUUUAAAGAGACAUGACAUGGUUCACACUGGUAUUAAGUGAGCAGUCGUUUGGAAGUCCAAUGGUACAACUUUUUCAUCAACCAAGUCAGAUGAAGACAUAAACAGGUCUAGAUAAUAAAACCAUUAUUUGUAAAAAGUAAUAUAAUACAUUUCCAGGAUGCCUAAAUUUGUAUCGACUGUAACAGUCCUAAAUCCCCCAAUUUUCAUAUAACUUCUAACACACCCUAGGGAGUUAAGGCCAAGUAAAACAAAAAACUGUGUCUUUUCCCAGGGUUGGCUGAUUUAUAUCACGUUGAUUUAAAUCACUGAUUUAAAUCGCGAUUUAAAUCAAAUGAUUUUUUUAA